UAACAAAAGGAUCGAAAUGAAGAUUCACCGUGGGAAAAUCACCGUUUGACAGAAAACCCGCCCUAGGACGGGUUUAGUUGUUUGGAGCCUUUCACGCUUACUGGAUACCAAAAUGCCGGGCUGCACGGAAUGGUGCGAGAUGAGCCAGAAGAACAAAAUGCAAACCAAUACGCUGCUUGGCGGCAUUAUAACACUGAUUUUAGGAGGAUUUUUCAUUGGCUCCAGCAUUUUCAACAGACACUUGCGAGAUCAACACUGGACCAAAGGCCAUUCGAAUGGGAUUGUUGCACUGGUUGCUAACCUUUUCUUCCUAUCAGCGAUUGUUGGAUCCUUGACGUGUGCCUUUCUAAUUAAGUAUUUAAAGAAGAUUUACUUGGCGCGAGCGUAUCUGCUGAUGAUGGCUGCAGCCUGCAUUUUGCUGGUACUGGUCCCGGUCAAUAUCAUAGGGAUAACCUUUGCAGAAGUUCUUAGCGGACUAGCCUACGGAAUGGCCUAUCUAGCAGUGAUCAUCCAUGGUGGUGAAGUGGUCAUUCCGAAGCUACGCGGUACAACAAUAGCAUCGAUCAACUACCUCAUUUUCAUUGGUAUCCUCGUCCACGGUACGAUCAGUCCGUUCAUCCUGAGCUAUUCGAAUGUUGAGCCCAAUAGAAUCGUGGGAACGAUCGGGAUAAUGCUAACCCUCUUAGCAGCUAUGAUCGGUCAGUUUAUGAGCUAUGAAUCACCGGUCUACCUGAUUCAACAGGGACAAGAUCAGGAAGCCAUCCAAAUAUUGAUGAAGCUUCGACUCGAAUCCUCAAAUACCGAGGAAAUCCGAGACGCCUACAUCGACAUCAAGCUUAUGCUACAGGAGGACUCGAGAGCUUCUGGAUGGAUCUUCCAAGACGGUAACUGGAGACCACUGUUGAUCAUCUCCCUCGGUAAAGUGGCGGCUGUCCUCUCCUUUAACGCUUCGAUCAACAACAUCCGCCUUGUAAUGCUUGACGAAAUCUUUCUGAUGCCAACUUACAGUGCCUCCGCAGCUAUGGUCUUGCUCAUACGAGGUAUUUUCGGGGUCGUCUUCCUGUUCACCGUUGACAAAUACGGUCGCAAACCUCAACAAGCCUUAUUGGCUUUCGCCGGUGGAUCAAUCCUGACAGCCAUGGGCAUCACAUACCUCGUCAAUCAGAAGAUGGACAAGUACCUCGAGGUAGCGAUCAUCCUCGUCUACGAUCUGGUCACCGCCGCUGGAGUUACCCUAAUACCAGAUGUACAGUUAUCAGAGGCUUUCUGCACCAAGAAAAAAUCGGCCUCGAUCGCCUUUAUUCAGACGUUGGAAGCGGUGCUGCAGAUCAUCAUCCUGAACAUAACCUUCCGGUGGGACUUUUGGGAUGUGGCCAAUUUCGACCAGUUUCUGCUGUGCUGUGGGGUGCCGAUGAUGGUCAUUGCCUGUGUGCUGUUCGUUAUCAGUCCGGAGACGGCCAAUCUAACCAUUCGGCAGUCGAGGGCUCUUUUCGCAAGGAAUGAUGAGCUUUAUGAAACGUUUGACGAGGACGAUAUUGGAAGUAUGAGGUCCCAAUAA